ACAAUUUCUUUGCUCGACCCUCGGUUCGGCCCUGUCCCAACAACUGAAAAUGACCGCCCCAUGCCCCCGCAAAUAUGAAAACGCCCUCCUAUUGGCUGAACGGUUGUGGUUGCCAUGGAAACACCUCUACGGAUAUACUUGUUGACGAAGAACAAACCUGAGAUAUGGAAGCUCUUAUAACGAGCGAUCUAACCGCCAAAACGACAUUGUACACGCAGAUUGCUUACGGCACAUCAUACGUUGCGAGCAGUUAGUGAACACUCUACAUUAUCAUCAUGCGUGAAUGUAUCUCUAUCCACGUCGGCCAAGCCGGAGUCCAGAUCGGUAACGCCUGCUGGGAGUUGUACUGCCUUGAGCACGGCAUCCAGCCUGAUGGUCAGAUGCCCUCAGACAAGACCAUCGGAGGUGGUGAUGACUCCUUCAAUACCUUCUUCAGUGAGACUGGAGCUGGCAAGCACGUUCCCCGUGCCGUCUUCGUUGAUCUCGAGCCGACUGUAGUUGAUGAGGUUCGUACCGGAACCUACCGCCAGCUCUUCCACCCUGAGCAGCUGAUUACAGGCAAGGAGGAUGCUGCCAACAACUACGCCCGUGGUCACUACACCGUCGGAAAGGAACUGAUCGAUAUUGUCCUCGACAGGAUCAGAAAGCUGGCUGACCAGUGCACAGGUCUCCAGGGAUUUCUCAUCUUCCACAGCUUUGGUGGUGGCACCGGUUCCGGCUUCACCUCCUUGUUGAUGGAACGGCUAUCCGUCGACUAUGGAAAGAAGUCCAAGCUCGAAUUCGCCGUCUACCCCGCUCCUCAGAUAUCAACUGCCGUUGUCGAGCCUUACAACUCAAUCCUAACAACUCACACAACUCUAGAGCACUCUGACUGUGCCUUCAUGGUCGACAACGAGGCUAUCUACGACAUCUGCAGACGCAACCUUGACAUUGAGCGUCCCACUUACACCAACCUGAACCGUCUCAUCGGCCAGAUUGUCUCCUCCAUAACUGCUUCUCUGCGGUUCGAUGGCGCCCUCAACGUCGAUCUUACAGAAUUCCAGACCAACUUGGUGCCCUAUCCACGUAUUCACUUCCCUCUUGCUGUAUAUGCCCCGGUAAUCUCUGCUGAAAAGGCCUACCACGAGCGGCUGACCGUUUCCGAGAUCACCAAUGCUUGUUUCGAGCCCGCCAACCAGAUGGUGAAGUGUGACCCUCGUCACGGCAAGUACAUGGCCUGCUGUCUCCUGUACCGUGGUGAUGUCGUCCCCAAGGAUGUCAACGCCGCCAUCGCUACCAUCAAGACCAAGCGUACCAUCCAGUUCGUCGACUGGUGUCCAACUGGCUUCAAGGUCGGUAUCAACUACCAGCCACCUACCGUUGUCCCAGGCGGUGAUCUUGCCAAGGUUCAGCGUGCCGUCUGCAUGUUGAGCAACACUACCGCCAUCGCCGAGGCUUGGGCCCGACUCGACCACAAGUUCGAUCUAAUGUACGCCAAACGUGCUUUCGUCCAUUGGUACGUCGGAGAGGGUAUGGAGGAAGGAGAGUUCUCUGAGGCUCGUGAGGAUUUGGCUGCUCUCGAAAAGGACUACGAAGAAGUCGGCGCUGAUUCCGUCGAUGCAGAGGGAGAGGAGGAGGAGGGUGAUGAGUAUUAAACUUUCCUACGCUCUUCAUACCUCUCAGAACAUAACCCAGAUAAAUUCCCAUCAGAAACAGAACAUGACAACAUGUUUUGGAAUUGGACGCACACUGCAAAUACUCUGGUGCUGAUUUAACACCAGCCUGGAAUCUAUAUAUGUCCACACCAGAGAUGUGUUGAAACAACACCAGUUUGGAAUCAAACCGAUGCUGUUUUAAUACUACUUGGUGCUGUAUAAACACCUUUCUGGUGUUAGUCCAAAACGAAAUUGGUGUUGUUUAACACUUAUCUGGUGUGGACAUAUUUAGAUUCCGGGCUGGUGUUAAAUCAACACCGGAGUUUUUUCAGUGCAGUUUAGAACUUAAAACAGUAAAAAAUCCAUACAUGGGACUUUACGAUAUCGUACGGGAAUAUUCGGUUAUAAGUUAUGAAAACCAAUCAAACUUUCCUGAUAAAGCCAAAAACCGCAGUGGUGAAAUAUCACCUGCUUUGAUCAUUGUCAUGGAAAGAAAGAACAGGGGGGCGGUAGUAGCCCUGCCAGCAUAUGCAUGACAAAUUAGUAUUCACUUGAGUUUGGUUAAUUUUGUUUUGAUCUCUGACCUUAAGUCAAAAAAGGUUCUUGUCCUGAAUCGCUAUGUCCCUAAUCAUUUUCAAAGCGAAAACUCCAUACAACCCUUAUCAGUUUAUCAUCUAUGAUGAUGCAAUAUUAUCUGCCAUUGUUUGUGCGAGCACAUCCUCCAUUUGAAAUAAAGAA